AUUCAAUUUGUUGGAAUUUUGCAUGGCAGGAGUCGAAAACGUGACAGAUUCUUGAUUAUUCGAACAAAAAAAAAGGAGAUUCGGAGACUUGUCGUCGACCAUGGCUUCAUCAUCAUCCGAUCCCUAUGGGAAAAAAAUGCGAUCAAAAAGGAGUUUGAUGGACUUGAUCAUUCCACUUUUGGCGAUCGGAGGUCUGUACUGGUUUGCUGCCUCUUUUUUCCUCGCGAAACGAAGUCUUCCCUAUUCGUCGAAAUGCGACGAAGCUAGGACAAUACUGCGGGAAGUGCUCUCGCUUUCCCCGGAAGAGAUCGAUCUUGCCAUCGGACCCAUAGACACCAGUGACAAUCGCAACGGUUGCUGGCUCCCCCGCAAGAUUGAUUCGCUCGUCAUACUGGUCGUGGAUGCUCUGAGAUUCGAUUUUGCACGAGAUCACCUCCCGAUGUCGGUGGGAGCAAGACUAUCGGCGCAAAAGAACAACCGGACCACGGCGUCACAACUUUUACAAUUCGUCGCCGAUCCACCUACCGUGACUAUGCAACGAUUGAAGGGGCUUACGACGGGUAGUUUACCUACGUUUGCAGAUAUCAGUGGAAACAUGGUAAGUUGGACUCUGCAUAAACAUGUGUUCUUCAAUUGGAUUUAUAGACACUGACAAAGAAUCAUACUAUCAACUUGUCGUCUUCAAACUGAAUUUAUAGGGGGGSGCAUCGAUUGAAGAAGAUUCAUGGGUGGAACAGCUGAAAACGACACCACAUUCAAAACGAGGCUUGAAAUUUCCAUCGAGACUUGGCUUCGUAGGCGAUGACACCUGGGUGGAUUUAUAUCCGAGGCAAUUCGAUGAAUCAUAUCCACUGCCGUCUUUYAACACCCGAGACUUGGAUACUGUAGAUAAUGGAUGUCUGGAGCGAUUGCCAAUGCUUUUGAGAGACUUGCGAAUGGAUGGGUCCAGUUCCGAAGAAUUGGAGGUAAUCGUUUCCCACUUUUUAGGAGUCGACCAYGUUGGUCAUACUUACGGACCCAAUAACCAUCACAUGAUUGAGAAACUCGAUCAGAUGGACCUUGCAUUGAGUACGACUUUGGAUGUGUUGGAUACAUCUGAGAAGUGUCAUCUAGCACUGAUAUUUGGAGGUAAGUCCGGUGCUUMWUUUCCGCAGAUCUUGUKGUCGCAUCAAAGCUCCUGUCGUCCCAGCUUUGUGUCUUUGCUUGAAAUGAUCUCAUCAUUGUUUUUCGUUUAGAUCACGGGAUGACAGAGGACGGAAAUCAUGGGGGAGGAACAGAAAACGAAAUCAACGCAGCGCUUUUUGUACAUUUUUCUCCAGCAUGCGGAGAAAUGUCUCUCGAUCUAACACCGAGUAUGGGAACUCAUUACAUAGAAAAUGCGUUCCAAUCUAUCCACCAAAUGGAUCUAGUUCCAACGAUAUCUAUUUUGUUGGGUUUGCCCAUUCCUUAUGCAAGUUUA